UGCUUACCCUUCACUCCCUUCGCUGUACGUGUGAGAAGAAGGACCCCCAUUCUCCUUACUGUGACAUCGUUUAAAGACUUCAAGAUGUUGUGGGAACCAUCAGGAUGCUGUUGCUUCACUCUUAGGACUGGAAGCCUGGUGAUGGCUUCCAUAGUGAUAUUUUUUGGAACAUGCAGCAUGCUCUAUGUCGGUGGGUACCUUGCGACCCAGGACAUAGGCAAUAGUUUUCAGGAAAUCUGCCAGGACGAGGAGGAUAUCCCAGACUGCAUAACAACGUUCAAGAAUGCUAGUUAUGGAGUCAUUGCAACCAGGUUUGUGUUGGACUUUAUUCAGGUGACAUUUAGCAUCCUCCUGAUCCAUGGUGUCCUUAAGAACAAGACUCGUUUCCUGGUGCCCUACAUGAUCAUGAUCUUAGUUGGCAUCUGUAUUCUCAUGUUAACUGCUCUGGCAGUUAUGGGCAUAUUUAUCUACGAGAGUAUGUAUAGGGCAGUGUUCGUUGUUGCCGUUUUAUUUGGGGUUGUUAUCUUCCUCGAAACUUACUUCCUCUUGGUGGUUCGUGCGCUUUAUCUCCAGCUGAAGCGCUCCAAGGGACAAGCUCACGUGAUUCUGGAAGAAGACACAAGUUCAGAAAAGAUGAAAGUUUAAGACGUCGCAACCUGAAUUGGGACACAGUUGCAGAACCUCAUGACAAAUUACACUACAUAUACGGACCAAGGCUUAGAAUAUGAAAAUGGCAAGAAAAUGUAAGUGGAGAUGAACAGGUCAGCAGAACUAUGGGUGUAGUACAUAAAUUAUAGACUACUGUUAUUGAUUUUUCAUAGUAUUUAUUAGAUGUGUGUACCAGAGAGUCUGUCUACUUAUGAUUAUCAUUUUGAGAGAUACUGAAAUGUGAAAUUCGUGUGUGUGUGUGUGUUUUAUGUAUGUAUAUAUAGUGUGUAAAUAUAUUUAUAUAUAAA